AUGUGGAAAGAGAAAGAAAACAGACAAAUAAGAAGCUUAGAACAAUUAGAAGGGAUUUCUUUACCAUCGUCAAAUUCAAGCACCGUAUCAACAGAACAGCGCUUUCCCGAUGAGGUCUCAACUGGGUGGAAUAAUUUGAUCAAGAAAGGAGAAUCUAUCGAGAAUAAUGAUGUUGCUGAGGAUAAUUUGGAAGCUUCAAUGCCAAAGACUUUAGCCCGCCUGUUCCAAAAAGCUUUUCGAGCAGAGGCACGUCUACGAAAGCAAUCCAAGAAGAAAUUUCGUGUUGGUAUUGCUAUGGGAAGGCAUAUGAAGAAAGGUUGA